AUGAUGAUGAUAGCUUGUUCAAAACCGUCAGUACAUACAAAUCAAUCAGGUUAUAUUAAAUCACAUGCUGACUAUGGUUUGAUAAAUUACAGCUCGAAUUUAUAUUGUGAAUACAGAAUUCAAGCACCGUUCAAUUAUAAAAUUCUUAUUCAAAUAGAUGAAAUUGAUUUAGAAGAAACAAAUAGUUGUAUGUUUGACUACUUAUUAAUUACAGAUGAAUAUUAUACCAAUGUGUAUACAUUUUGUGGUCAAUUAAAACCAUCUAAUCCAAUUGAAAUUAAUAGUUCUCAAGUUUACAUCCUUUUCGGUACAGAUGAUGCAAAUCAUGGACGCGGUUUCUUGCUUCAUUAUGAAUUUAUUCAGAAAGAAUCAUUGAAACCGAAUUGUUUUUAUACAUGUGGAUUAGCGCUUCAAUUGAAUAACGAUGACAAUAAUAAGAUGAAUAGUAGAAUUAUUGGUGGAGCAGUGUCUAAACCAGGUCAAUGGCCAUGGAUGGCUUCUAUAAGAGAAAAUAAACAAUUUCGAUGUGGUGCUAGUUUAAUUAGCAGUCAAUGGUUAUUAACUGCAGCUCAUUGUUUUCCAAAAAAUAUAAAUCUUAACAAUUGGACAGUUCAUAUUGGUGAUUCAUAUUUAGAUUGGAUUGAUACAGAUGAAAUACAAAUGAAUAUAAGUAGUAUAUUAAUUCAUCCAAAUUAUCGUUUACAUAAUUUAUACGAUUAUGAUUAUGCAUUAAUCAAAAUUAUUUUACCAAUACAAUUCACUACAAAACGAAGACCAAUAUGUUUGUUGAAUUCAACAAUGACAAAUAUCAAUGAUUUGAAUGAUUGUUAUGUUGCUGGAUGGGGUAGUUCAGAAGACGCACCAAUAUCAAAUGAAUUACGUCAUUUAAAUAUUCCAUUGCUUAAUUUCACUAUUUGUAAUCAAACUGAAGUAUAUCAAGGUAAAUUAACUGAAACAAUGAUUUGUGCUGGAUAUAUUACCGGUGGUAAAGAUUCAUGUCAAGGUGAUAGUGGUAGUCCAUUAAUGUGUCAAUUACAUAAUAAUUCCGAUUCUACAUGGUAUCAAAUAGGAAUUGUAUCAUUUGGAAAGUCAUGUGCUGCAUCAGGAACUCCAGGAAUUUAUAGCAAUCUUACAUUUGCCAAUCAAUGGAUUGCUUCAAUUAUCAAAUUAUGAAAAUAACCUUUCAGUAGUGUAGAAAUAAAUAAAUACUCAAACUUUAAG